AUGGCUGGUCAAGAUAACGCUCAAAUUGAUCAAGAAAUUCAGAAUCUUGUUAACAAACUGGAUCAGUGCAUUGCAAACUUUGAUGAAAAGAGGCGAGUUUUAGAAUUUGCCAUUGGGGCAGAAAUCAAAGCACUGAAGAAAGAUCGAGAUGAAGCGACAGAACAAAGGUCGAGUCUUCUUCAUGAGUCUGUUGAUACAAGCAGCAAUCCUGAAGGUGGCCAAAAGACUGCUAAUGUCAAGCAAUGGCUAAAUCAGAAAGCACUGAUCAGUGCUGAAACUACUGGAGACCAAGAUCAGGGCAAUAAUUUCUCUGUGCUUAUUGUUGAUGAUGAUCUUCGUGCUCGAGACACUAAUCGGGUAUUCAUGAUGUUGGUUGGGAAACAAAAGCUGCUCAGAAUGGAAGUUCAAGAGGCCAAGAAUGGAAAAGAAGCUGUUUAUCUUCAUCUUGCCGGGGCUUCUUUUGAUCUCAUUCUUAUGGACAAUCAAAUGCCCAUCAUGACUGGAAUUCAGGCAACAGAGCAAUUACGCAAGAUGGGUGUUAAGAGUCAGAUUGUAGGUGUCGCUUCCGAGUCUAAUCAGAAAGAUUUCAUCGACUCAGGCCUAGAUAGCUGCAUUCAAAAGCCACUGAACCCUGCAAAGAUCACUGCUUUUUUCCCUGAUCCCAGCAAGCCAAUAAGGAUCGAUACAUCAUCACAAGGUUGA